AUGACGAAUCACGUCGAGUUGGCACAGGCAGCCAAUGCAUGUGGCACUGGCGCCGUGUGCGAUUGCACGGUGGCAACUGUUGUCACUUGCUCUGGCGGAUCUCUCACAGCCAUUCCGAGUGGAAUCCCAACCGAUACCACAAAACUGUAUAUCAACUCCAAUCCGAUCACUAGCAUUCCGACCAACGCAUUCACCGGUCUUACUGCCCUAACUUUCCUGUCUCUCGACUACAACCUGAUCACCAGCAUUCCUGCUGACGCAUUCACCGGCCUGACGGCGCUGACUUACCUGUCUCUGUAUGCCAACCCGAUCACCAGCAUUCCUGCUGGCACAUUCACUGGCGUCACUGCGCUGACUUACCUGUCUCUCAGCUCCAACCAGAUCACCAGCAUUCCUGCUGGCGCAUUCACCGACCUGACUGCGCUACGUUCCCUGUUUCUGUAUGCCAACCUGAUCACCAGCAUUUCGGCCAACGCAUUCACCAGUCUUACUGCCCUGACUUACCUGCAUCUUUAUGGCAACCAGAUCACCAGCAUUUCGAAUGCAUUCACCGGCCUGACCGCGUUGACUGAAUUGCAUCUUUAUAACAACCAUAUCACCAGCAUUUCGGCCAAUGCAUUCACAGAUCUGACCGCGCUGACUGAAUUGUCUCUCAUCUCCAACCAGAUCACCAGCAUUCCUGCUGACACAUUCACCGGCCUGACUGCGCUGACUUAUCUGUAUCUCAACUCCAACCAGAUCACCAGCAUUCCUGCUGACACAUUCACCGGCCUGACUGCGCUGACUUACCUGUCUCUCAACUCCAACUCGAUCACUAGCAUUGCUGCCACUGCAUUCACAGACCUGACUGCGCUGACUUACCUGUCUUUCAACUCCAACUCGAUCACUAGCAUUUCGGCCAACGCAUUCGCCGGCCUGACUGCCCUGACUUAUCUGUUUUUCAGCUCCAACUUGAUCACUAGCAUUUCGGCCAACGCAUUCGCCGGCCUGACUGCGCUGACUUACCUGUCUCUCGGCUCCAACCAGAUCACCAGCAUUCCUGCUGGCACAUUCACUGGCGUCACUGCGCUGACUUACCUGUCUCUGGAUUCCAACCAGAUCACCAGCAUUCCUGCUGACACAUUCACCGGACUGACUGCGCUGACUUACCUGUAUCUAGGCACCAAUCAGAUCACUAGCCUUCCCUCUUCUUCAUUCACAAACCUGACUGCGCUGACUUACCUGGUUUUGCAAAGCAAUCCUAUCACGACUUUGCCACCUGGUCUGUUCAAGGGCUUGCCAAAUGACUUGGCGUUGUCGUAUUCAAACCCAUAUCUGGCCCCCAAUAACUUUACUUUUGGUGGCAACACUGUUGCUCCGCCCAGCACCUACGGCAGUGCAUCGGAACCAUACAAGUGUGAUACAGCCUGCGCCACCUGCUAUGCCGCUGGGUCCAGUGCGUGUUGCGAGACCAAUUGCCUGUACUGUACUUCAUCGUCUGUGUGCACUCAGUGCUAUGACGGUCAUGUUAUGAUGAGUGGAUUAUGCGUUUCGCUUGCCUCCAUCGCUUCGGCUGCCUCUGUUGCAUCUCUUGCUUCGGCAGCCUCGAUUGCCUCUGAUAUUUCCGCUGCCUCGGCGUCCGUUGCCACUGUGUCCUCAGCGUCAAUUGCCUCGCAAAUGUCUGCGUCCGCCGCCAGUGCUUCAUCUGUUUGGCAGACAUCGGCUGCAUCUGCUGCGUCCAAUGCUCCAAACGAGUCAAGCGAUGCAUCUUCUUUGCCCAUUAUUCUUGGAGUCAUUUUUGGCGUGCUAGGUCUUCUCUUGUUGGUUGCGCUGGUUGUGGCCCUUCGGCGUCGUCGCUCACCAAAGGGAUUGGCAACCACUAACUCAGCCACCAAACUGCGCGAAUCAACAUUGGGCUCAGAUCCGACUUCCCAGCCUCUUAACGACAAGGGCACUGGGCCGCACUUCGCGAAUCCCACCUAUGAGGCCUUGUCUGGCAACCACGCCUUGUACGAAGCUGUUGACACAAAGCCCCAGGCCUCGGCGUCGGAACAGGUGUAUGCCAACGCAUCUCAAGCAUCUGCACCCGGCGUCGAGUACGCUGAUCCUUCGCUGCCCAAUGCCUCGUCUGUCCGUGUGCCGCCCACGCCCUCAACAACCUCUUACGCGACGAUCGCCGAUGUAGCUUCCACCACCAGCCCGUAAUUUGUCGACUCCGCGCCGAUCGCUGA